AUGGAAGACCUUGGCCACUCUGGAAACUACGGCACAGUAUUUCCUACGUUUACAGCACCACAAGAUCGUGCUUCCGCUCGUUUCACAGACAGUAGCAGUAUCACAACGCCACCCAGUCUCACGUCAGAAAGCUCGCCCGAAUCCUAUCUUGACAACGAGGACCCGGCGUGUCUUUCUGCCAUUGAACAAGUGCACGACUUUCGCUCAAAAAGUAUCAACGCAGCUGUAGGAGGCACUGCUAACGACGCCCUCUACUGCGAUUGGCCUGCCAACACACCUUGCGCUGCAUUCGUACCCAAGGUGUCGGACGAGCUCAAAAUGACGGGUGUGGCACAACAUUUAAGUGCACCUCACCCCAAUCACAAAGAGGCAUACGAUGCCGAGCAAUUUCCACCAUCCCAGAUUCGGGAGCACGUCACCGCUUUGCCCAUGGAAACAGCACUCUCGACAACACAUACCGAGGUGCAUGACGAAAAAUUGAUGUCGCCCGACCAUUCUUCCCUACAGCCUAUGACGAGCUCUGAUGCGCCCUUUUCGAAUCAUGCGACCGCCAUGAAGCCCAUGUCGUCGUUCUCGAGCUCACCACAUCAUACCUCUGACACGAAUAGCAUUGCUCCUGCCAUGAUCGAGAAGAACGAUAAGCGGUUGCUGGUUCAAUCGCCACCUCAUAUGCCGUCAUCGGCAACAGAUACCACCUCACUCUCGCUCAUGUCGACUCGAGCCAUUUGGCCCGACCGCGAGAACCUACCAUCAGACAUGAAGAUCCUUGUCAAUGGAUUGCCAGCAGCCGGCGCCAAGUCGCGUGUCGAAACGCAAAUUCGUAUGCGCAUCGAGCUUGUGCAUCCCGUCCAACAAACUGACGGCCAUGUUGAAUACGAGCGCAUAGGCUCAUUCACGCACAUCAAAGUACCGCCUCUGAGUGGCACCAAGCGCAAGUCGCGCAAGCACCAAAAAACAUGCGUCCCACCUGAGUCGACUCUCAUGCUUGAAGCCGAUGUCAUCAAUGCGACGCCGCCUCAUGCACGUGUGUAUGUGUGUGAUAGCUGCCGUGAGCGCGAGCGUAAGCGAGCACAUCGCAAAAAGAGUCGUGCCGCCGUGCUGAAUGCUUACCCUACCGAGGAGGAGAUGACUGCGAUGGGCAUUAACCCACAUGCGCCGGACGCCUUGUCCCUCGCCGUAACUCGUCUCGAGGAAGAGGAGCGUAAGCAUGCCGUCCUUUUUAACUGUGGCGAUUAUAUCGACUUUCAUGAUGGCGAAGUCAUCUUGUCAACACGUAUUACGUGCUACUGCCGCCAUCAUCGCGAAAAGGUUGGUUUCCACAUUGUUUUCACACUGCGCAACCACAAGGGCGACUUUAUUGCGACGGGUAGCACGCCGCCUAUUAUGAUCAUGGACGAUCACAAGUCCAUGUCGAAUUCAGUGAGCAUGUCUCGUAUGGCUGAAGCACGUCUGCGCUCUGGUAUACAAGAUGAGACAUUCUCCCCUCCGCGUCUGCGCGAGCGAGCCAAGCCUUAUGAUGAGCGUCUCCGGCGCUCUUCCGUACGCGAAACGCCGCAGCCUUCAGCCUUCCUUCCUUCACCAUCGCCUGUCAUGCACAUGGAUUCGGCAUCUUCACACUUGUCAUUCCCUCUGAAUGACCAUAUCAGCAUGUCAUGGGUCAAUAGCAUGUCGCCGCCAUCGGCCGAUGAGCCGGUAUCCAGCAUACCAUUGAUGCAUGACACUACGGUACCAAGUCCGCUGCAAGUAACGGCCCCUUCCAAUUUAUUCCCACCGCUAACUUUGCCCUCAGACGACCUGGAUAUGAGUGGACCGGUGCCGCGCAUCACCAAACUCGUGCCUGUCGAAGGCCCUACCACAGGCGGAGUGGAAAUCACCAUCCUGGGCGCGAAUUUCCGCGAGGGACUUCAAUGUGUGUUUGGUGACAUGCCAAGCACAUCAACACGUGUGUGGUCGCCUACGACGCUUGUGUGUAUCCUGCCGCCCAGCUUCCGCCCAGGCCCAGUGAUUGUGCGAAUUCAAGAUUCAGCAACUUCGUCUUUAAUCGAGCUGCAGAGUGGACAUCCUAUUCAAAUCUUCACGUACAUCGACACGACAGACCGCGCCCUCAUGGAGCUGGCUCUCCAGGUCGUCGGAAUGCAAAUGACGGGGCAAGUGGCUUCAGCGCGCGACAUUGCCAUGCGAAUCGUCUCGACUUGCCAAGGCGGCUCGGAUGCGGCAGGCUCCGCUUCGACGGUCCCGACUCAGUCUUCAAAGACGCAACACCCUAUCGACCUACUGUCUUCGUGCUUGCGUCUCACGCCAGACUCGCGUAUCCCAAGUGUGCAAGACUCUUUGUUGGGCCUUUUGAAGCUGCUAGACGUUGAUCUCAAUGACCUACCGGAUCAGCAGCGACCUCCAUGCAAUCCCAUCCAUGCAUGUAAUAGAAAUGGCCACACCCUCUUGCAUCUCGCUGUGAUACACAACUUUCAUCGCCUUGUCCUGGAUUUGCUUCGCCGUGGAUGCCCCAUUCAUGCCCGUGAUGCAAAUGGCUACACGGCCCUGCAUUUUGCUGCUUUGCAUGGCUGGAUGGAAGUGACCAAGUUGCUUCUCCAGCAUGGCGCGGAUAUCUAUGAUGCAAACAACGAAGGCCUUAUCCCGAUCGAAGUGGCGCAUCGUUCAGAGAAAAUUGACGUUGAAUGCAUGUUGGCUGAUUCAGCCGGAGAGGAUCAUGAUCCAAGCUAUGCUGAUUACGGCGACGAGACGUCAGAUGAGGAUGACGACUCAGAGACAGAGGAGGAAUGGAUCACAUUUGCCGACGUGGCCCGCACAGCAGGUCCGGUCAAUCACAUUCACCAUACGGAAGAAUCUGAAGAGGACAAACGUGUCUUAGAUUCUGCACCAUCAUUCCAGCCCAAAUCACCUACAAGCACCCCGAAAGCGCCAUGGGACUCAGAGGUCAAGUCGCCUGGGCCGAUUCAUUCACCGCCGCCGACGUAUGACGAGGCUACAACGCAGCACGGGGAGCCUGGAUCGUCCAAGUACAUUGACGGCGAAAAGCUUAUCAGCUUUCCUUCUGCUUUGGAGAAUGCACAGACACAAAAUUCCUCGGUCAUGGAUGGAAACCUCGAACGCGAGCUCAAGCUCCUCCGAAGGGGCCGACGCAAUGCUCGCCUCGCGCGACAGCGUCGGUGGGACAGCAUGGAUGAGCCCAAGGACCAGCAAGGUGCAGGGGCGGAAACAGUCCUCCGCACUCGCCAGGGUGUUUAUGAUGAUCGUAUGCUGGUUUGGUUCUGGAUUCCGGCGAUGCUCUUGGCGAUCCUCGUCCCGAUUCUUGCUCAGACUGGCUGGUUUUCAUCGGCUGUAUCCACAUGGAUUCAUGGCAUCGUUCGUGACACAUGA